AUGGGGAACCUUCCACGUGCGCGUUUGGACCACGUAAARGCCUUUAAUAAAACCGGCGUAGACUUUGCAGGUCCUUUUAAUGUAAAGGCCGCACUGUUACGAAAACUUCGCAUAACAAAAGCAUAUUUGUGCGUCYUUGUGUGCAUGUCAACCACCGCAGUGCAUUUGGAACUCGCAUCGGACCUUUCUACACCGACGUUCAUGGCAGCUCUAGAUCGGUUUCUCGCACGUCGAGGGCAAUGUUCGGACAUGCAUAKUGACUGUGGCACGAAUUUUACUGGUACUCAACGGUAUCUGAGUGAAGUUCAUGACAUCAUCAGUUCGCAGGCCUACACGCGUCAUGUAACUGAGAAGCAGAUAACAUGGMAUUUUAAUCCACUAUCAGCCCCUCACAUGGGUGGAAUGUGGGAAGCAGCUGUUAAGUCGGCGAAAACAUUGUUGAGAAGAGUCAUACAAGAUCAAAUACUGACAUACGAAGAGCUGAACACCAUUUUGCAUCGAGUAGAAGCGUCUCUAAACUCACKACCCCUAGGUGCAUUAUCGUCAGACCCCAAUGAUUACACGCCGUUAACCGCUGGCCAUUUUAUAUCGAUGGGACCGCCGGCUAAGAUACCAGUACCAGACAACGAAGAUCGUCCGGUCUCCGUCAGCUUGCGACAACGAUGGACACUGGUCAAACAAAUCCAACAACACUUCUGGCAAAGAUGGCAGCGGGAGUAUUUAACAACGUUGCAACCACGCAAAAAAUGGCUGAAAAUAGCCAUAGACCUCCAGGUGGGUCAACUUGUUCUAAUCAAAGAACCAUCACCAGCCCUCACGUGGAAAACCGCGCGUAUCGUGGAAGUUUACCCAUGA